AACCUACACUCAUUUACUAGUUCACCCCCCCCCCCCUUCACACAUUCCUUUAAACAUAUCACACCUUUUCUCUCAGCAUGAAGAAAUCAUCAUCUGCCUCCUUCUCCGUUUCCGAAAAGCGCACUGUCGCCAUCAAGAAGAUUCCUCGUCCAAUGAACUGUUUCAUGACUUUCCGUGUCGAGAAACAGAAAGAAAUUUUAGAUAAAUGUCCUGGUGCCAAUCACCGUGAUAUAUCUAAAAUUGUUGCAAAGUGGUGGAGAGACUUCCCUGACCACAAGAAAGAGCCUUACCGUGCCAAGGCUGCUCUUGCUAAAGCCAAACAUUUAGAAGAAUAUCCAGACUAUAAGUACCGUCCCCAAAAGAAAACUUAUACAACUAGACCUUACAAGAAGCGUCCUGAAAAUGAAUUCACUGCUCGUGACUAUCAAAAUAAGCAUCAACUUUUCUCGUUAUACCACGAAGGAAAGCUAUCCGACUCCAACUACGAUAGUGAUUGUCUUUUGGAUGACAAGCCAGAAAAGAAAACGAAAAGGACCUCCAAGCAACUUGUGUCAAAGAAUCCAGUGGUUAAGACACAGCAAGAACUAUAUUCUACUUACUCUACAAACGACCAUCAUACAAAAUUUGUUGCUUCUCAGUCCGAAAGUCCUUGCAGUACUGGCCUGUUAUACCCUCCCGUCAACGACAUGAUCUACAACUGUGGGUCUUCUGUUCCCUCCCAGUCAGUGUACUCACCUUCAGCCAGCCCUUAUUCUGUAGGUUAUUUUACUGAUAACGAAGUAUCUGUAAAUGAGCCUAUGAUCAAUUAUCAACUCUAUUCGGAGAACUAUGGUUUUAUUCAACCCAUUCUUCCUUCUUACUCCGUGCCAUCCCAUUUCAAUACAUUUGAUCAAUUUUGUGAGUUUGAUAACGCAUUGAUGUACACCAGCUCGUCCAGUUGUCAUCCAUUGGAUAUAUCCGAUACAUACCUUGGUUACCGAGUUGAUAAUAGUGUCCCUGUUCCUUCUCUCUUGACUACCCCAUUUUAUUAUCACACUCUUUACAAGCGAGGAAGUGCAAAGGCAAAGAAGGCUGUGGGUGUAGAACAUAAACCUGCACAAGAGGUCAAGUUUCAAUUGGGAGAUCAGUCAUUGAUAUCGAAAACAAGUGUGUUGAGGGUUCUAGAGACAAAGAGGGGGAUAUGCCGGAAAGUGAAUUGGUAG